GUCAUCUGGCACGACAGCGGGCACCGAGUCACCAAAACUCAACAGCGGGCAUCAAGUCAUCUGGCACGACAGCGGGCACCAAGUCAUCUGGCACGACAGCGGGCACUGAGUCAUCUGGCAGAACAGCAAGCACCUAGUCACCAAACUCGACAGCGGGCACCGAGUCAUCUGGCACGACAGCGGGCACGACAGUGGGCACCAAGCUGGAUCGGGUCAUCAGGCUGGAUCACGAACACCGGGUCAUCAGGCUGGAUCGGUCAUCAGGCUGGAUCCGGUCAUCAGGCUGGAUCACGAAUAGAGAUGAGCGAA